AUGCAAACCUAUUUUUCCAAGAUAGUAUCAAUUUUUAAUAGUUAUGAAGAUUGGAUUAUAAAUAAUGGUAGAGGAUCAACAUUCUCAACUUGCAAUUCAUAAACUAUUUUUGGAGGAUUUAAUAACUUUGGAGUUGAUACUUCAGUUACUAGAUUCUUUGGCAAUUUAGAUUCUCAUUAUGAAAUGAAGAUAGAGAUGGAAUUUUGGAGGUAGGUUUAAUAAUUAUCUGUAGGAUUGAUAGAUGGGGUUUUGAUCAAUUGAAGAUAAUUGUCGAUGAUGAUUUGCAAUUCUAAAAAACUUAUCGAACAAUGGGAUCAACACCUGAUUAUUGUGGCGGUGGAGGUUAUGACGAUUAAUAUGAGUUAAUAUCAUUAAGGUUUCCUCAUAAAAGGAAGACUGCUUGGGUUUAUAUUUAUGUAAGUUAUAAUACUGAUUUUAAUGUAACUAUAAUACUUAUGUAUAGUAAUCAUGGGGUUUUAGAACCUUUAAGAUGAGUAUAGAAUAAUGUCCUUAAGGAUGUGGUAUGUGUUCUAGUAAUGAUUACCCAUAGUGUUUGAGAUGGCAUUAUUAAGAAUCCUUUUUUUCCCAAUAAUUAAUUUUAGGUUAGGAAUAGUGGAAUGGAGAAGGAUUUCCUUUAUCAUAAUAUCAAUCAAUACAAUGCGCUAAUUGCAAUUAUAAAUAAGGAAUGAAAUUUCAUCGAGAAAUAGGUUUGGUUAAUCAUUUAGAUAUGCGUUUAAGGUUUUAUAGAUAAGACACUAAUAAUAUACGAGUAUCCUCUAUUGGAGGAUAAAAUUAUAUUAUGUACUAUCAGAAUAGAUUUGUAGAAUUUGAAAUUUUGGGAAAAGAUGGAGGAAUAAGUCAGAUAAGUUUAGAAUCACUCCAAUAAGAAUUAUAAAUUAGGGAUAUUGAAUUAUAUUAUGCAGAGUCUGAGAACUAUGAUAUCAUUCCUUUUCAUCCUGGCUGUGAUUAAUUUAUUAAUUCCAAAUGUAUUUCUUGUAUGGAUGGAUGGAUUUACAACUAAAAGGAAGAGAAGUGCUAUUCAGAUUGUGGUGAUAGAGUCAUUUAAUUCUUAGAAGAAUGUGAUGAUGGAAAUUAGAUACCUUAUGAUGGAUGUUUUGAAUGCAAAUUCUAAUGUGAUGUGAAUUGUUAAACUUGCAAGUUUGGAAAAUGCAUAACUUGCAAAUCAGAAUUUUAAUUGGAUAAUCUUAACAUUUGUUAACCAAUAUGUGGAGAUUUUAUAGUCGUACCUUAUUCAACUGAAACUUGUGAUGAUGGAAAUAGUGUAUAAUUUGAUGGAUGUUUUAAUUGCAAUAUAGAGUGUAAUGAAUUAUGUUAAAUUUGUCAUCACGAACUUUGUUUGAAAUGUAAGUUAGGAUACAUUUUGAAGGAGGGAAUAUGUGUUUCAUAUUGUGGAGAUGAGAUUAUCAUAUCAGACGAAGAAUGCGAUGAUGGUAAUCUAAUACCAUUUGAUGGUUGUUUUGAAUGCAAAUAUUAAUGUAUUGAAGGUUGCCAUAUAUGUUUAUAAGGAGAAUGUUUGUUAAGAUGUGGAGUUGGAUUUCAAUUUUAAGUUGAUAGAUGUAUAUCUUUGUGUGGUGACCUUAUUGUAACAAGUGAAGAGUAAUGCGAUGAUGGUAAUACAAUACCAUUUGAUGGUUGUUUUGAAUGUUAAAUCCAAUGCCAAUUAGGUUAUGAAUAUAUUAAUUAGCAGUGUGUACCCAUAUGUGGAGACAGGAUUACCUCAAAUAAUGAAGACUGCGAUGAUGGAAAUUCAAUAGAAUUUGAUGGAUGUCAUUUAUGUAAAUAUUCUUGUCCUUUGAAUUGCCAAAUUUGUUAUUAGGGACAAUGUAUUUUAUGUGAUAAUCAUUAUGAAUUAAUCGAUUCAGGACAGUGUUAAAUAUAGAUUUAGAUAAAUGAUCAGCAAUGUAAUGAUUUAAAUGAUUUUCCAAUUGAUGGUUGUUAUAAUUCUUAAAUUGAAUAAAAUUGGGUAUGUUAAACUAUCGCUCAAAUUAGCGAAUGCGCUUAUUCAUUAAACCCUUAAGUAAUCGUCACUUAUCUUAACAUGGCAUCAAACAUUUAAUAUGUCAAGAUCUCGUUUAACUAAGAGGUCAAGAUUCUAUCCGAUAUAUUACUAUCUUAGAGUAUCAAAACUCAAAUACUGGAAAUCUCUAGUGAUGACUAAAAUAUUAACCUUCAAAUAAUCUAUGAAGCUGGUCAUUAAAUUGCUUAUGUUGAAUAUAUAUUGGAAAUAGAAAUCUUUAAACUUUUAGAUUUUAAACCUAAAUUAGAAAUUACAUUAAAUCAAUAAGUUGUUAACAUAAAUGAGGUUGCUAUCAAUCCCAAUUCAUAUUUUUUAACAUUACAAAAUCCAACUUACCUGGAUAAAUUACAAUCUGAUUUAGCUUAGAGGCUACUACAAAUUAAUAAAUCCGUAAUAUAUUCUCUAGGAGCAAUAGGGUUUAUGUCAUUGCUUUUGGGAUUCUCCUCUAUAUUCUUUGAUAUCCUUACUGUUUUGCAAUAUUACUCAUAUUUAAGGUACAUCAACCUUGAAUUUCCUUCAAAUCUUAUGAUCUAUUUUGAAAUUGGAGAUAUAUUAUCCAUGUAACCAUUAUUAGAUUUCAUUCAUUUUCAGGACAUUUUGAAUUGUUUUUCAGUUGAUCAAUCAUUUUAACAAUCAUAUGGAAAGUUUUUGUUUUAUGAAUUAAAUGCCGAUCUACUUUAAAAUACACAAACCUAGAUGUUCCAAUUCUUAAUGAUUGGAUUACUUUUUAUGGUACCAUUAUACUCGAUUAAAAAGAUUGUCUUUUAUAAAAUUUUUACAUAAUCAUUUUUUGAUAGAAUUUCUUGUAAAUAAUUACAAAAAAAAGAUUGUGUUUUUAAAUUUUACAAAACAUUUUAUACAUUUAUGAAAAGAUUGAUUUCUUGGGAUGAUCUAUUGACUUAUCAUGGUUUUCGAUAGAUAUUAAUAGUAAAUGGAUGGGAUUUGAUAUUUAAAACACUGUUAUUUAUUCAGUCUUCAAACACUUUGAACUUUAAAGACAUUAUUUAAAUUAUUUUGGCAUCACUAAUUCUAUUUACUUAUUUUUUAAUUAUCAUUUAAUCUUGCAAUUAAUCACAAAGUAAAAAUUAACGCCUGAUAAAUUUACUAUUAGGAGAAAGAUUUUAAAUAUUUAAUCUAAUCAGAAUCAUCUAUUUUUUUGUAGUAUUAAUAUUUUUUUAGAGAGAAAAAAUUAUUUAGAUCAUAUUGAUUUCAUCCUCUUGCUUGUUUUCAUUGACUCUUAUUUUUUGUUAUCGUAAAACUUUUAAGAAUACAAAUUUAAUUGUACAAUUAAUUGUUGAAAUAAUUGUAUUCAUUUUUACAUUAACUUCAAUUAUUUAUAUUGAAGAGUUUUCAAUUGGAGAAGAACUAAAAAUUAUUUUUGGUUGGUUUCAUAUAGCCACACUUUCAAUUGGUACCGUUGUAUAAUUUUUAGUGAUAAUAUAUGAAAAAGUUAAAAAGGCUUAUAAUAUCGAAAAUUUGUCAGAUUCAAAAUAGAAGUAAAAUAAGAAUAAUUCCCAUUUAAUUUUACAUGAAGCAAGCAAACGUAUUGUAAUGUAAUAAUUCUGA